AUGUCAGAAUGUGACCUCGGCCGGAAGUGGGAGCAGUGCCUGGCAGAUGCAAUCAUGAAGAUAGGUACUGAAUGUGGCCUUUGGUUCUGCACGGGAUUGGGGAUGCCCCACUCCCGCUGUCAGCAUGACUUCCAGGCUCCGUGUCUUCUACGUGGAAAAUAUGUCAAAGAGCAUGUGCAGUGA